GGGUUUUUUUUUGAAGUAAUAAAAAAAAAAGUAAAAAGCUGAAUUUUACUCUCAUUGAAUUUUAUUGGGUAAUUUUUUAAAAUGUUUUUAAUCUUUUUUUUUACAGUCCUUGUUAAAUAAAUUUGUCAUGUGCUAAGAAUUAAUACAACAUUAAAGACAAAUUGUUUAUUUUUUUAAAUCAUGCAAAAACAACAAAAUUCUACAUCAAUACUGGCCAUUAUCAACGCAUAUGAUGUUCCUGUCUUCCAGUGUUAUUUGAAUGUAGAAAAUAGUGAAAAUCAAUCAAAAGAGGAUACGUCACAUUUAAAUGAAAUGAUUCUUUACGCGUCUAUGGACAAUUUCGAGGAAUAUGCUUGGCAAACUUCCAACCUAUUUUUGUCUCAAAUUGAUCGCUUUAAUGAUUCCGCUGUUUCCGCAUAUAUCACUCCUACUCAUGUGAAAUUUUUAUUAUUACAUCGCGUUACAAAAGGGACAUCUAUUUGUAAAACAUUAGAUAAUAAUAUUUCAAAAUUCUUCACUGAGAUUCACACGUUAUAUCUUAAGAUUUUAAUGAAUCCCUUUUACGAAGUUUAUUCGCCUCUUAAUUUUACGGAAUUUGAAUCGAAAAUUCAGUUUUUUGCAAAAAAAUAUCUUUUAAAUUCUUAAUAAUGUAAUUAAAAAAUGUUUAAAACAUUGUAAUUUAUGAACAAACCCCAAAUCCUUUAAAAAAAUUAGAAACCUCACUUCUCAUUGCUUUCUGU